AUGGGCGGGCUCGGGCUGCUGCCCCUGCUGCUGCUGUGGGGCCCCACAGCAGCAGCAGCAGCAGCAGCAGCAGCAGCAGCAGCGUACACCGAAACCAAUGUGUACGACUUGCUGGGCCCCAGCUGGGUCUCCAAGGCCGAGGCCCCGCUGCUUGUGGGGCCCCCCUCUGCUGCUGCUUCUUAUGUGGGCCCCUAUUCCUUCUACACCGAGAGUGGGGAGGCCCCAGAGGGGCCCCCCUCCUCCACGGCGUUAGACUCCGCGAGUUCCAACGCCUCCUCUGCUGCUGCUGCUGCUGCUGCUGCUGCUGCUGCUGCUGCUCCCAAGCGGCAGCUCAACCGCCUUUUGCUGCUGCAGCUUUGCGUCUUGGUUGCCUUCGGCUCCAUAAUGUUCUUAGUGGGUGCAAACUCGGGAAAGGGGGGCCCCCGAAAGGGUUUGUCGAAGAGCGGGGCCCCCGAGGGGGCCCCCGGGGGCCCCUGGGGGGCCCCCGGGGCCCCCGAGGGCCCCGACGGCCCGGGUUCCCCCCAGGGGGCCCCCCAGGGGGCCCCCCAGGGGGCCCCCGAGCUCGCGAGGGGCCCCAAAGAAGACCCGCAGACUGUGCAGGCCUUCGCUGUUGCAGAACAGUUUGACCAAACAAGUCUUUACAAAAUAAUUACUGCAGCAGAACAGCUGCUGCUGUUCCUGCAGCCUGUGGGGUUGGAAGCAGAAGCAGCACAGCUGCUGCGGCAGGCGCAGGCGACGGAGGCGGACCUGCAGCUGCUGCUGGAGGCGAGCGCGCAGCAGCAGCAGCAGCAGCAGCAGCAGCAACAGCAGCAGCAGCAGCAGCAGCAGCAGCAGCAGCAGCAGGUGGCUGCUGCUGCGCGGCGGCUGCUGAAGGACAACUCUGGAGAACUGGGGGAACUUGCUGCUGCUGUGGAAGCCAACGUGAGGAAAGUAACAGCAGAAAAGUGCAUGCAAGUUUUUGGAUAUGAAAAGUUUUUGAGAGAAAGUUAUGAAGCAGCUUUGGUGGCUUACGGCAGCGAGGGUUUAGGGUUUGCGUCGCUGCAGCAGCACCUGCUGAGCUGCUCAGCAGCAGCAACGCAGCAGAGUCUGCUGCUGCAGCAGGAGCGCGCGGCGCUGCAGCAGCGCAGGCAGCAGCUGCCCAGGACCCUCGCCGACGCUGCUGCUGCGCUCAACGCUGCUGCAGCAGCAGCAGCAAGAGUGCAAGUUGCUGCAGCACGAGCAGCAGACUUGCUCGAAAGUGGCAUGCAAGGCCUCGACUUGUUGACAAGUCAGUACUUGGAAGAAGUGCAGCAGCUGAAGCGGCAGCUGGACUGCAUGCGCAGGCGGGUGAAGCAGGCCACAGCAGCAACACCAGCAGCAGCAGCAGCAGCAGCAGCAGCAGCAGCGCCGGCGGCGCAGCCCACCGACGCCCAGGCCGCGCCCGCGGACAGCCCCGCCCACCCCCAGCAGCAGCAGCAGCAGCAGCAGCAGCAGCAGCGGCAGCAGCAGCGGGGGCAGCGGAAGCGGCAGUCGCUGCUGCAGGCGCGGCUGGAAGCAGCAGCAGAGAAGCUGGAGCUGCUGCGGGACCUCGUCUUGGCCGUCAAAAACCCUUACAGUCCUUCCCCCAUGAGAGAAACUCUCAAAGAAGUUCUCGAGACAAAAGGAGCUCUUCAGCGCGAAGUCUUCGAGCUCAGCGAGACCCUGGACUCCCUCAUUGAGCUCCAGGAGUCCAGCGACGCCUGA